GCCUGUAGGUGGAUGUGCUCGCUAGAGGACACGAUGAACGAUGAUGACGAUGGUGGUGAUUCCCUCCGCCCCCCACCCCCACCUUUUGUGGGUGGAUCCGUCCACGUAAUGCUAAACUCACCCUCGCGUUUGCUUUUCCUGCUUCCUUCAGCCGCGGCGCAUCAGCAGUAAAGGGAGCCGCAGCUCGGAGAUGUCCCUGACACUCUCGGCGGACAGGAGAGGAAACCCCCGCACUUUGAGCUCCCCUGGACGGUUCGGAAAGCAGCGGAGGGACUGCCCUUCUUCUCGGUGAAAGCGUCUUUGUGCAGGCAGAAGGAUGAACAUUCAUACGCGGGUGAAGAGCAGGAGGACCGAGCAUCACCUCGGAGCGGAGAGGGACCACUUUGACAAGCAGCAGCUCAGCAGCAUCAGCAAAGCCAUCAACAACACAGAGACGCCUGUGAAGGAGAAACAUGCGCGACGAAUCAUCUUGGGGACUCACAGGGAGAAGGGAGCCUACACCUUCUGGUCCUACGCUCAGGGCUUCCCUCUGGGCACCAGCUCCAUCCUGUGCUGGAAGUUCUGCCAUGUGCUGCACAAAAUCCUGCGAGACGGCCACCACAAUGUUCUUCAGGACUGCAUGCGGCAUCAUGGCUCUCUAGCUGAAUAUGGGAAACUAUGGAGCCACCUCCAUGACAAAUAUGGACAGCUAGUGGCUUUGUAUACCAAGCUACUCUGCACAAAGAUGGAGUUUCAUGUAAAGCAUACGGAAAUCCCUCCAAACCUGGAGGUGAAGGACGAAGUGCUGGAGCGCACUGCGGGGACCGACAUUAAUAAUGUGUUCCAGCUCACCGUGGAGGUGUUCGAUUACAUGGACGCUGAGCUGAAGCUGGCCGAGACAGUCUUGCGACAGCUGAACUCUUCCAUCGCCGUCACCAGCCUCACGUCGGGUCAGUGUCGCCUGGCUCCGCUCAUCCAGGUCGUCCAGGACUGCAGCCAGCUCUACCACUUUAACGUCAAGCUGCUUUUCAAGCUGCAUGCCUGUCUGCCUGCUGAUACCCUACAAGGACACCGUGACCGUUUCCGUGAGCAAUUCAACAGCCUGAAGAACUUCUUUAACAGAGCUAGAGAGAUGGUGUAUUUCAAGAGGCUGAUCCAGAUUCCCCGGCUGCCUGAUUCUCCACCCAACUUCCUGCAUGCAGCAGCGCUGGCCAAACACGUGAAGCUGGUGGUUGUCAUCCCCGAGGACGAUGAUCAGCAAGACGACGAUGACGAUGAGCCAGAGCCGCUCAUCGAGGUCGAUACCUCGACCCCCAGCCUGCAGUCUCAGCCUCAGGUGGACAUUUUUGAUCAGGCGUUUGGACCUCCAAAUGGAGGCUUUGAUGAGAGGGAUCUCCAGAUCGAAAGCCUGAAGUCAGAACUUGAGCUGCUAAGAGCAGAGCUGGAGAAAGUCAAAACGGAGGUGAGGAUUCUAGAAUACCAUAAUGCUUCAGUGUAGGAAUUUAUUUUUUCU